AUUGUUAUUCUUAUAGCUUCAUUUGAAGGUUGAUACAUUGUUUCUAGACCAGAAAUAAUCUCAAUUUGUAACGACAAGCGGAAAGAUGGACAUUGUGAACGUUGACGAAACCAUAAACGAUCAACUGCAGAAAGAUUACAGAGCACAAAAAGGAGGGUUCGUACAAGUUGGUGAGAAGAAAUGGUUCUAUCCAAUCAGGUACAGAAAGCUGGCUGCACAGUUUAAGAAUUUCGAAGUUAGACCUGACGAUAUAUGGAUUACAGGGUAUCCUAGAUCAGGAACGACGUUGACUGAAGAAUUGGUUUGGCUGCUCACCCAUAAUUUGGAUUUUGACAAAUCGAAAGAAGUUUCUCUUAGUUCUCGUGUUAUAUUUUUCGAGUUGGAUAUGCUCCUGAAUGAAAAUACCGAAAAAGAACAGAAAUUCCCAGAAGUACUGAACACUUGCAAGAGGGGCAGAAACCAUUUGAAUAAAUUAAAUGAGGACAAACAAAGACGAGUAAUUAAAACUCAUCUACCUUUCGAAUUAUUACCUCCUGAUAUUUUGAAGAAAGGAUGCAAGGUUAUAUAUGUGUGCAGAUAUCCUAAAGAUGUGUGCGUAUCGUAUUACUUACUGCAGAAACAAAAUCAAUUCAUGGAUUUCGGCGCUGGUUUCGAAAAGUAUUGGAGAUAUUUUCUCGAAGGGAAAAGUAUAUUUGGACCUUACUUCGAACAUGUGAAACAAGGAUUUGAAAUGAUUGGUUCCAAAAAUUUCUCAUUUGUAUUUUACGAAGAAUUCAAAAAGGAUACCAGAAGUUAUUUGAUGAAAUUGUCUGAAUUCCUCGAGAUCACUCUCUCAGAAAAAGAAAUAGAAAAAACGGAAAAUUUCAUCGAUUUCGACAAUUAUCGCAAAGUAAAUAAUAUUACGGUCAGGAACACGAACAAUGAAUUAGUCCCAUUUGUUAGAAGAGGAAAGGUUGGUGGUUGGAAAGACUAUUUCACAGAGGAAAUGAAUAAGCAAACUGAUGAAUGGAUAGAAAAAAAUAUUAAGAAAAUUGGCAUAAGAUAUCCUCAACAAGAGGAAUGAUAUCGACAAUUUUUAAAUGAAGAUAAAUAUUGUCUAUGAUUUUUAGAUUAUUUGUUCGUUCAUCUGUGCAUCAAUAUU